AUGGGAGAAUCGAUUUGUCCAGUGCCAGAGGAUCAGCUAGUGGAGGGCCAAUCUCCGACUACGGGUUCACCGAUCACAGGGAGAGCCGAGAGUCCAGAGCUGCGCGGGCACAGCUUUGUGCCGGAGCAGAUGCAGAAUCUGGAAAAGGAGUUGAACAAGACAUGGGCCCAGUUGGCCGAAUUCAGUGAGUCCGUCCAGGAGGCCAAGUCCGAGCUCGAUUUCGCUUUGACAAUAAUCAAAAGUGCUGCCGCGGCACUCAAAUUGGAUUGGCCGGGCAAGGCAUCGGGAUCAAUGGCAGCGACAGAGCAGACAGAGAUGCCAGAGGUUUCGAAGAUGUCCAAGCAGUCCAAGCAGCCCGGCCCACCCCGCAGCCUACGCAAUGAUGAAGAGAUUCUGUCAUUUGAAUGGCAGCAGCAUUCCAGGCAGCAGCAACAGCAGCAGCAGCAGCAGCAGCAACAGCCCACGCACCCGCUGAGUGGCAUAGUGGCAUAG